UAGCAACUGGAGUAUGAUAGGCUAGGGAAGGUGAGAUUCUUGAUGUUGUUGUGAUUCCUCCUUGAGGCUUCAGGUGCUGGACUGGUUAAUUUAAAACAUUUGGCCUGUGAAGAUCUUUGUCCCCGAGUUUUGAACCCCUCACUUGCCAACGACUUUCUGACCCACCUCCAUUUCCCGCGAAACACAGCUUCCUCCUUUGAUGGGCAAGAAGCAGCACUUGGAUUGGACCUCCAAGUCCAUUUCUUCCGCUGGAAGUGAGAGAGUCUCUCUCUUGAAUAAGGAGGCAAAGAGGAAUGCAUAUGAAGACCAAUCGGCUGAUGGACUUGCAACAGACCUUGAGCAUGGGGAUGCAGUAGAGGCAGCGAAUGUUGGAUUUUCUAGAGUAUUAUCACUGGCAAAACCUGAUGCAGGGAAGCUAGUUGUUGCCACCGUUGCACUGUUGAUAGCAUCCACAUCAAGUAUUCUGAUUCCAAAAUAUGGUGGUAUGAUAAUAGACAUUGUAUCAAGAGAAAUCAGAACUCCUGAACAGCAGGCAGAAGCUCUGGAUGCCAUCAGGGACACCAUAUUGGAUAUUGUGCUGAUAGUUGUAAUUGGUUCUCUGUGCACAGCAGUUCGAGCAUGGUUGUUUUCUUCUGCAAGUGAAAGGGUUGUAGCUCGUUUGAGAAAGGACUUAUUCAGUCACCUUAUCCAUCAGGAAAUAGCAUUUUUUGAUGUUACUCGAACAGGGGAACUCCUAAGCAGGCUGUCUGAAGAUACACAGAUCAUCAAGAAUGCUGCAACUACCAAUCUUUCUGAGGCACUUCGAAAUCUAACAACUGCAUUUAUUGGCAUUGGCUUCAUGUUCUCAUCUUCAUGGAAGUUAACAUUGUUGGCUUUGGCCGUAGUGCCAGUCAUUUCCAUUGCUGUUCGAAAAUUUGGGCGUUAUCUUCGUGAACUUUCUCACUCAACUCAAGCUGCAGCUGCAGUGGCUGCCUCAAUUGCGGAGGAAUCUUUUGGGGCUAUUCGAACAGUCAGAUCUUUUGCUCAAGAAGCUUAUGCAGUUUCAUAUUACUCAGAAAAAGUUGAUGAGACAUUGAAGCUUGGCCUCAGACAAGCUAGAGUAGUUGGCCUAUUUUUUGGAGGACUAAAUGCAGCAUCCACAUUAUCUGUCAUCGUAGUGGUGGUUUAUGGAGCUUACUUGACAAUAACAGGCUCCAUGACUGCAGGCGCUCUUACAUCCUUCAUUCUUUAUAGCCUAACAGUUGGGUCCUCGGUAUCCUCUUUAUCAGGAUUAUAUACAACAACAAUGAAAGCUGCGGGAGCAAGCAGGAGAGUUUUUCAGCUCCUGGAUCGUAUCUCAUCCAUGACAAGAUCAGGAGAUAAGUGCCCUAUUGGAAAUCCUGAUGGAGAUGUGGAAUUGGAUGAUGUCUGGUUUGCUUACCCUUCUCGGCCAAGUCAUAUGGUACUUAAGGGAAUAACAUUAAAACUGAGGCCCGGUUCAAAAGUUGCUCUUGUCGGUCCAAGUGGUGGUGGAAAAACGACAAUAGCCCACUUAAUUGAGAGGUUCUAUGACCCUCUCAAGGGAAAGAUUUUGCUAAAUGGGGUUCCACUAGUGGAAAUAUCACAUGAAUAUCUCCAUAGAAAGAUAAGUAUAGUGAGCCAGGAGCCUGUUCUUUUCAAUUGUUCCGUGGAAGAAAACAUUGCCUAUGGGUUCAACGGAAAAGCAAGCUUUACUGAUAUAGAAACUGUAUCUAAAAUGGCUAAUGCCCAUGAAUUCAUAGAAAAGUUUCCAGAAAAGUAUCAUACUGUUGUUGGAGAACGAGGAUUGAGGCUUUCAGGAGGACAGAAACAAAGAAUAGCAAUUGCGAGAGCACUACUAAUGAACCCAAGGGUUUUGCUACUGGAUGAAGCCACUAGUGCUCUAGAUGCCGAGAGUGAAUACCUUGUUCAGGAUGCCAUGGAUUCUCUGAUGAGGGGUAGAACUGUUCUUGUCAUAGCGCACAGACUUUCAACUGUCAAAAGCGCGGACAGUGUUGCAGUUAUAGCAGAUGGUCAGAUAGCGGAAAGCGGCACCCACGAAGAGCUACUCAGCCAGGAUGGAAUUUACACUGCGUUGGUGAAGAGACAGUUACAAGCCCCAAAGACUGAAGUGUAGUUUAAAAUGAUUUAUGGCCAAAUCUAUGAAUCAAAAUGACAAGUGAGGUCACUCUAUUGAAAUUACGAUUCUGGCUUUUCCUACUUAAUAUUACAAGAUGUAUACAAACCUUGUAACUUCUCAAAUGUUAUGGAAGUAAAUAAAUAGCCAGAUAAACCAAAAAGGCGUGCUUAAUGUUAUUUUAUAUAAUUAGUUUUGGAUUA